AUGAAGAGAGGUACUAUUUCUGUAUUCGGAAAUUUCAUUAAGCUCUUUACACUUGGGUCUUUUAGAGAUACUNUCAAAGCUAGUGGACUCAGUUUCUCAACGAUAACUGAUACGAGACCUUUUCCUGAUUAUUCUCCGAAGAAAGCUUCAGUUAGAGACACUGAAUUGGUACACCAAAUCACAAAUGUGAUUAAGCUGCGUCGUGCUGAGCCUCUGAGACGGAGUUUGAAGCUUUAUGAAUGCAAGUUCAAGACUGAUCACUUGAUUUGGGUUCUGAUGAAGAUUAAGUCUGAUUACAGGUUAGUUCUUGAUUUCUUUGAUUGGGCUCGCUCUCGCAGAGACUCCAACCUUGAAUCCCUUUGCAUUGUCAUUCAUUUGGCUGUUGCAUCGAAGGAUUUAAAAGUGGCUCAUUCUCUCAUAAGCAGUUUUUGGGAGAGGCCAAAGUUGAAUGUUAACGAUUCCUUUGUACAGUUUUUUGAUCUUUUAGUAUACACUUACAAGGACUGGGGUUCGGAUCCUCGUGUAUUCGAUGUUUUCUUCCAAGUCCUCGUUGAGUUUGGAUUGCUCCGUGAAGCGAGAAAAGUCUUUGAGAAGAUGUUGAAUCACGGAUUGGUUCUAUCUGUUGAUUCCUGCAACUUAUACCUUGACCGAAUUUCGAAAGACUGCAAUCAAUCGGCAACAGCAAUCGUUGUAUUCAGGGAAUUUCCUGAAGUCGGUGUUUGUUGGAAUGUUGCUUCUUAUAACAUCGUUAUUCAUUGUAUUUGUCAACUUGGGAGAAUAAAUGAAGCCCACCAUCUACUUCUGCUUAUGGAGUUGAAGGGCUUUGUCCCGGAUGUGAUCAGUUACAGUACAGUGAUAAAUGGAUACUGUAGAUUUGGGGAACUUGAUAAGAUUUGGAAGCUCAUUGAAGAAAUGAAACAGAAGGGGUUGAAUCCAAAUUCUUAUACCUAUGGUAGCAUAAUUCUCUUGCUCUGCAGGACUUGUAAGCUAGCCGAAGCAGAGGAGGCUUUUCGAGAGAUGAUAGGGCAGGGCAUAGUUCCCGACACUGUGGUAUACACUACUCUUAUUGAUGGUUUCUGCAAACGAGGGUAUAUUCGGGCUGCAUCGAAGUUUUUUUAUGAGAUGCACUCUCUGGGUAUUACACCAGAUGUUUUGACAUAUACUGCGAUUAUAUCAGGGUUUUGUCAGAUUGGUGACAUGGUGGAGGCUGGUAAACUAUUCCAUGAAAUGCGUUCGAGGGGUUUAGAACCGGAUAGCAUUACCUUUACUGAACUUAUAAAUGGAUACUGCAAAGCAGGGCAGAUAAGGGAUGCGUUUAGCGUCCACAAUCACAUGAUUCAUGCUGGUUGCUCCCCGAAUGUUGUCACAUAUACCACGUUAAUUGAUGGGCUCUGUAAAGAAGGGGAUUUAGAGUCGGCGAACGAUCUUCUCCAUGAAAUGUGGAAAAUAGGUCUGCAACCAAAUAUUUUUACUUAUAACUGCAUUGUCAAUGGUCUAUGUAAGUCGGGAAAUAUCGAGGAAGCGAUUAAACUUGUUGGAGACUUUGAAGCUGCUGGAGUUAAUGCAGACACUGUCACUUAUACAACUUUAAUGGAUGCCUACUGUAAAGCAGGGGAGAUGGAUAAGGCUCAAGAGAUUCUGAAGGAGAUGCUCGGGAAAGGGCUUCAACCGACUGUUGUCACAUUCAACGUCCUAAUGAAUGGCUUUUGUUUGAAUGGGAUGUUGGAAGACGGUGAGAAGCUUCUUAAUUGGAUGUUGGCAAAAGGUAUAGCGCCUAAUGCAACCACAUAUAAUUCUCUCGUGAAGCAGUAUUGCAUCAGAGAUAAUCUGAAGGCAGCAACUGCGAUUUAUAGGGACAUGUGUUCUCGGGAAGUAGGACCUGAUGGUAAGACGUAUGAGAAUCUAAUUAGAGGCCAUUGCAAGGCUAGGAACAUGAAGGAAGCAUGGUUUUUGUUCCGAGAAAUGAACGAGAAAGGAUUUAGUGUCUCCGCCAACACCUAUAGCGCUCUUAUCAAAGGAUUCUUCAAGAGGAAGAAAUUCGUGGAGGCGAGAGAAGUUUUCGAUCAAAUGAGAAGAGAAGGAUUAGCCGCCGAUAAAGAAAUCUUCGACUUUUUCAGUGAUACAAAAUACAAGGGUAGGAAGGUAGAUACAAUUGUAGAUCCUGUUGAUGAAAUAAUAGAGAACUAUCUUGUAGAUGAGAAUCUAAGGGAAGCCAAUUAG